AUGAAGGCCUUCGUUAUCCUUACCCUCGUUACGUCCAUCUUGGCAGCGCUACCCAAACGUUCGAGCGGCGUCAGUCUAACACGCUCCCCCUCAAGCACCUGCCCCCGGAGGCAAUCGGGUGGUGGUAGCGCUGCUGGAGGCGGGCUGGGCGAUCUUGCGAACCUGAUAGGACAGGGUAUACAAGGGGUUACCAAGCUCAUCAGCACUGUUGCUGGGGCUGCUGGCGGCGGUGGUGAGAGCGGCAAAGCAGGCCAGAGUAGUGGUGGAGGAGGUGGUGAUCUCGGUGAUCUGACCAACCUGAUCGGCGAAGGGGUGAAGGGGCUCAGUAGCCUAGCUGGUGCUGCAGGUGACGCUGGUGGUGGACUUGGAGAUCUCACAAGCCUUAUCGGUAAUGCCGCAGGCGGCCUUGGUAGUAUUGGUAACCUCUUAGGGGGUCUCGGGGGUCUAGGCGGGCUGUUUCGCAGAGACAUAACUCCAGAGCUGGCACGAGCCAUAGAGAAUAUGGAGUUAUCUGACCUGGAUGACGACGAGUGCAUAAUAGAGAAGCUAGGUUUACUUCCAGAAGAGGCAGGUAGUGCGAACUAA